AUGGACUCGACCGCCGCGACGCCUCCUCUCGGUGGCAUCACUGCUUCCUUGACAUGGACGAAUGUUGUUCGUCUUAUUGGCCUCUGGAUCUUAUAUCGCGUACUUCUAUGUAUUUACAAUGUCUCUCCAUUUCAUCCUCUUUAUCGAUUCCCUGGGCCUAGGUUGGCUGCGAUGUCAUUCUGGUAUGAAGCCUGGUAUGACUUCUUCCUGUUCGGAAGAUACACACAUGGAAUCCAGCGAAUGCACGAGAAAUAUGGCCCUAUUGUUCGGAUCAACCCAGAAGAACUCCACUGCAACGACCCGUCCUUCAUAGAUGAGAUAUACCCUAGCGUGAGCAGCAGGAUCCGAGAUAGACAUUACCACUUCACCAACGCUCUAGCUGGAGCCAUAGAGAAGUCGACAUUCGGUACGCGCGACCAUGAAACGCAUAGAGCACGACGUGCUGCCGUAAGCCGUUUCUUCUCGCGACAGCAAAUGUUACGGCUUGAGCCUGAAGUACAUGAAUUGGCACAGAAGCUCUGUGACAAGCUGCUUCUUUGGGCUGGAAGAGGGCCUAUUCUUAUGAUACACCCCUUUAAUUGCUUUACCGCGGAUACGAUAUCUCAAUAUGCUUAUGGCGAGAAACUUGGGUUCUUGGACCAAGAUGACUGGCUUCCAAACUUCAAAGCCGCGUAUGAAGCCUUCUCGCAAACAGUUUACCUAUUUCGUUUUAUUCCACUUUUACGAAGUCUUGUUGGCUUAUCGCCAUAUAUGGCCGAUUAUAUGGGUGAUGAUAUUGCACGAUGGAUGAAACAGAUGAACGUGAUCAUACCCGGGUAUAUCAGGAAGGCGCAACAAGAUCGCGCGAAAGGUCGCAUAUUCAAUGAACUACUUGAAUCAUCGCUUCCCGAGUCCGAGAAAUCCAUAUUCAGGUUGUCGGGCGAGGGCAUUUCGCUAAUGUCUGCUGGGACGGAGACUACCGCGGCAACCCUAUGCGUCAUUACUUACUACCUGCUCGCGAACCCGAAAGCGCAUUCUAGACUCGUGAAUGAUCUCAAAGGCGAAGAUCCCCGAUCGCUUUCUUGGGUGGCCUUAGAGAAGUACCCCUACCUUUAUGGGACAAUCUGGGAAGGUAUCCGAUUGUCGUAUGGUGUAUCUACUCGUUUGGCACGAAUUCCCCGAAAUGAGCAACUGAGGUACGAGAAAAACGGGUACCAAUAUGUUGUUCCGAAGGGCACUCCCAUUGGAAUGAGUUCCUACAUAUCCCACCACAACGAAGAGGUUUUCCCCAACUCGCAUGAAUUUGCGCCUGAAAGAUGGAUCAACAGUGACGGUUCGAAAAACACUGCGCUAGAGCAAAACAUCUUAUCGUUUUCGAAGGGCUCUCGUCAAUGCGCUGGGAUGAAUCUGGCACUUUGCGAAUUGUUUCUUGUUACGGCUUCUCUAGCAUUACGGGUUAUGCCUCGCAUGAAGCUGUAUGAAACGACGAUUGAGGAUGUCACAUAUGAUCAUGAGACGAUGACACCCCAUAUUAAGAAGGGUGCCGCGGGUGUUAGGGUCACUAUUACUUAG